GGGAGAUUGAGAGGCUGUCACUCGCGGCCAUGGCUCAGGAGGAGAUGGAGGUGGAUCUGCAUCCGGUGGCUGAAGAGGAGGCCGAGAGGCCCAACGAGGACGAUGGAGGCGCCUCGGGCUCGGGAGCUGGGCCUGGGCCUCUUGUUGGGCCUGCGCCGGCCUCUCCUCGACUUUCCCGGGGCGCCUUCGCCGGAGAAGCGGAGCCUCGAAGGCCGCCGCCGCCUCGCGCCCGAAGGAACCGGGCUGGAAGGGCCCAACGGGCGGCGACAGGCAGAGCCACAGCACCACUGGAGAGUUAUUUCCAGGUUAGCAGAACACAGGCAGCGGCGCCAUCAAAUGUCCUAGCAGGCCUCGGUGGGAACAGUUCGGACGAGACGGUGGUUCUGAGUGAUGCUGAGAGCAGUAGAAGCAGCAGUAGUAGCUCCACUGAAGCAGAGGAAGAUGAAAAUGAGCCCGAGAGAGCCCUAGAAGCGACACUGGGUCCAGCCGUCCUGAGAGGUCUGUGUUGCUUCUCUAUCUUUUACAUGAACCUACAACAUCACAAGUGGCAAAUGUUUCAGACCUGCCCAGUAACACUUUUAUGUGUCAUGCUGCAGGUCUUGACAGAUGAAUGCAGCAAGCUUCGGCAGCAAGUUCAGGAACUGAAAACCCUGAUGGCGCGGCACAACACGCCUUCCUCUCAGCAGCAGCCCAGCCACUCUCGCUCUUGCUUCCCCGGUUGCCUUUCCUCCAGCCAGGGCCAGCACAAGUACCAUUUUGAGAGAGCCUUCCUGGUGUCUCAGGUGGGCAACUGCCGGGUCAUGGCGUACUGUGACCCGCUGAGCUGCCUGGUGAUAUCGCAGCCUUCGCCCCAGAGCACCCUCAUUCCUGGCUGCGGGAUCAAGAUGAUGAGCGCCGUCAACUUGAAGAGCAGCCAGUACGUCCCCAUUCACAGCAAGCAGAUCCGGGGUUUGGCCUUCAGCAACCGAGCAGAUGGCUUGCUCCUGUCUGCUGCCUUGGACCACACCCUCAAACUUACAAGCUUGACAACCAACACAGUGGUGCAGACGUAUAAUGCUGGACGCCCCAUCUGGAGCUGCUGCUGGUGCCUUGAUGACACCAACUACAUCUAUGCAGGACUGGUCAAUGGUUCUGUCUUGGUGUAUGAUUUGCGGGACACACGGUCUCAGGUCCAGGAACUUGCUCCACAGAAGUCCAGGUGCCCCGUGGUGUCAUUGUCUUACCUUCCUCGAAUGGCCUCUGCCUCUCUCCCUUACGGCGGGCUGGUGUCUGGGACGCUGGAGGGAGCCUGCUUUUGGGAGCAGAAGGGCAGCGGCUCCUAUAAGCCCCACCACCUCCUUCUGGAACCGGGAGGAUGUAUCGACCUCCAGACCGAGGCCAACACACGGCACUGCCUUGCAACGUUCAGGCCCAAUAGAACCCAUAACAGCUUGAGGUGUGUGGUGAUGGAGCUGACCUCCACUCAACUGACAGAUGGGGCCGAGGAUGCCGUCUGCUCCUGUCGUCCAGUCCAAACCCUCACCGCGGGCCCAACAUGCAAACUCCUGACUAAAAAUGCCAUCUUCCAGAGUCCGGAGGACGAUGGCAGCAUUCUCGUGUGUGCCGGGGAUGAAGCGUCCAAUUCGGCCAUGCUCUGGGACGCAGGGAGUGGCACCUUGUUGCAGAAGCUGGCGGCUGACCUACCCGUGUUGGACGUCUGCCCUUACGAGGUGAACCGCAGCAGCUUCCUGGCAAUCUUGACGGAGAAGAUGGUGAAAAUCUACAAGUGGCAAUGACCACCUGGUGCACGCAACCUUUAGGAGAUGGUCUCCGAAGAGAGCCAUUACAUCCCAUAAGCCACCUUUGCUACUAAAAGGGCAAUUGCUGCCUGAGACAGGAGCAGAGUCAAGUUAUUGUUGCGGGACUUCAGGAUAACUUACUUCCAUCCAGGGUUUUUUUCCCCCUUGAUUCAACAACUUAGAAUGGAUCUUCUGCUUUAUUCCUCAGGGCAAAUGAUGGAACCUGUCCUUGUAGAUUUUUGCUGAAAAUGGAGAUGUUUGGCUCUCUCCUUCUCAACUUUGUGCUCCUCAAGUUGCUUUGUUCAGAAGGCAUUUCUGAAUUUGGGAUCUUUUUCUUGUGGCUCAUCUCCUAAUCCAGAUCCGUAAAAACCUGGUAAAUGCAUUGUGGAACCAAAACCCACCUCUAGCUUGGCUCAGAAACAGGAUUUACAUUUCGCUUCUUUGUUUUGAAUCCUUGGCUCAAAAACCUGCAGGGAAAGGAUGCCUUCUGCUGUGAUUGGAAAUGGCAUCAUAAUGGAGGGUUCGCCUUUCGCCAGAGACUUCACAAUAACCCAAGACUGAUCAGAAGACAUGUCUGGAAGCCAAUUGAAAUCCUAUUUGUUUGCUUUUUUAUACUGUUUGAAAGGAUGAGUCUGUACUGAACCACUGACCAGCAUUCCUAAAAGUGAACACUGUGGCUAUCUUAAACUUUCCAAGCUUAUAUUGUGCUCUUCAUAUCUCAAAUUUUUUGUACCGUAAAAACACUACAGUGUUUCUUGACCAGUGGCAACACCGAGUCAGACAAUGCCAAACCAGUAAACAAAUAGACUUCCUAAAAGUCGGGAAAGCUCUUCCCCUUUUGCUGUGAACUCUACUCAAAAGGAACAUCCAGCAUUUUAGCUUUUAAGAGAGAGCCAGUCGCUUUAUAUUAAAGUACAUGGCACGCAACGUGAUGUAAAUAUCGUAAUACGUUUAUACUGAGGUUGAACUGCAAUGAAACUAUGAACAGCUGUAUAAUAAAGACAUUUCUUUUCUGAA